ACAGCAGGACAGGCCAGCUAUUAUGUGUCCUACCAGAGGGAUCCAUUCCUCAAAAUCAAACUGCCCAAAUAUUCUCUGCCUAAGGACCUCCACAUCGUCAGCACAGARGAGCACCAGGUCUUCGCGGCAGUACAGGAGUGGAACCAGAAUGACACGUACAACCUGUACCUCUCCGACACCCGGGGCAUCCUCUUCACCCUGGCCAUGGAGAACGUCAAGACCACCCGCGGCCUGGGGGGCAACCAGAUGUUGGACCUGUAUGAGGUAGCAGGUAUCAAAGGCAUGCUAAUCGCAAACAGGAGACUAGACAACCAGGUGAAGACCUACAUCACCUACAACAAGGGCCGUGAUUGGAGGUUACUGCAGGCCCCGGCGACAGACCUGGCUGGCAAUGACAUCCACUGUAUACUGCCCUUCUGUUCGCUCCAUCUCCAACUGCAGACGUCUGAAAACCCCUACCUGUCAGGCAGCAUAUCAACCAAGGCCUCAGCACCGGGAAUCAUAGUGGCCACAGGGAAUAUUGGGUCUGAGCUGUCAUACAAUAACGUUGGAAUGUUCAUCUCGUCUGAUGCUGGUAACAACUGGAGACAGAUAUUCGAGGAGGAACACAAUGUCUGGUUUCUGGAUAAAGGAGGGGCCCUUGUCGCUGUGAAACAACCAACCGUCCCCACUAGGCAUUUACAAAUCAGUUUUGAUGAAGGGCGUCAGUGGACCAGACACAGCUUCUCCUUGGUGCCUCUGUUUGUGGACGGGAUGCUGGUGGAGGCCGGGACAGAGAACCAGAUCAUGACGUUUUUUGGACAUUUCAGCCAUAGGUCUGAGUGGCAGCUUAUCAAGAUAGACUACAAGUCCAUCUUCAACAGGAAAUGUACAGAAGGAGACUAUCAGACGUGGCACCUUCACAACAAGGGCGAGCCGUGUGUGAUGGGCCAGAAACAGAUCUAUAUGAAACGCACCAGGAACUAUUGCAUGCUGGGAAAAGACUACGCCAAAGUCCUCUCUGCUGAAUCGUGUAUCUGUCGGGCCCACGACUUUGAAUGUGAUUAUGGCUAUGAACGGCGUAGGGAAGGGAACUGUCUACCAGCGUUCUGGUUCAACCCAGCUGUUGUAUCAAGGAGCUGCAGCCAAGGACAGAAGUACCUCAACAGCACAGGGUACCGAAAAGUGGUGUCCAACAACUGCAUCAAGGGAGUCAAGGACAUGUACACACCCAGGAAGCAGAUGUGUCCCAACCAGGCUCCAAAAGGCCUUUCUCUCUCCACCAGAGAGGGCAAGCUUACCGCCGACCUGCACACCAACGUCACCUUCCUUGUGCAUCUGGAUGAGGGGGACUCAAUGAGAACCAACAUCCAACUGGAUUUCGGAGAUGGCACGGCAGUCUCCUACUCCAACCUGAGCUGGAUCGAAGAGGGUAUCAGACAUGUUUACAAGACGGCUGGGAUAUUCCGUGUCUCGGCCUUGGCGGAGAACACCCUGGGAUUUGACACUACCACCUUGUACCUCCAUGUUACGUGUCCUGUGGAACAUGUCCAGUUGCUGYCUCCYUUUGUGGCCAUCAAGAACAAGGAAGUAAACCUAACAGCAGUGGUYUGGCACAUCCACUCCAGGAACGUUACCUACUUCUGGUGGCUGGGGAACAGCAGUGAACCGCUGAUCAGCUUAGACGGGAGCAUCUCGUACACCUUCACCAGCGAGGGAAUGAACACUGUUACGGUCCAAGUGUUUUCAGCCAACACCAUACUGCAAGACACCAAGACCAUAGCAGUCCAAGAGUUCUUCAAAUCUCUGCUUUUAUCUUUCUCCCCUAAUCUGGACGAGUACAACCCUGACGUCCCCGAGUGGAGACAUGAUGUGGGGAGAGUCAUUAAGAAGGCUCUGCUCCAAGUGUCAGACUUUCCAGAGGAUCAGCUGUUGGUUGCAGUGUUUCCAGGUGUGCCAACGGCCGCUGAGCUCUUCCUGUUACCACACAAGAACCAAUCAGAGGGCAGGAAAAAGAGCGAGGAGGAGCUAGAGCAGAUCUCUGAGAUACUUGCCAGCGCUCUGAACCAGAAUCUGGUGGAGUUUGAAUUAAAGCCAGGAGCAAGAGUAAUCGUUUACAUCACACAGCUAACUUUGGCACCCUUGGUGGAUUCCAGCCCGAGACACAGCAGUUCAGCKAUGCUGAUGCUCCUAUCAGUAGUAUUCCUGGGUUUAGCAGUGUUUCUCAUCUACAAAUUCAAGAGAAAAAUCCCCUGGAUUAACAUAUACGCGGAGGUGAACCAGGAGAAAGAGCAGGAGAUGAUCGGUUCGGUCAGCCAGAGCGACAGCACGCCUAAGAUCACCCUCAGUGAGUUCUCUACGGCCAAAGAAGUCAUGGAGAAGGAGAUGGACGCCAGAGUUAAACGGCGAAUUGGAAAUGCCUGCGAGAGCACGAGGGAGAUUCCAAACUGUACUAGCGUGUAAAGCCGAGGAAGGAAUGCAACAAAUGUGUACAGACAAAGUAUUGCCAUUUUGAGGGUUCUCUCUUUUUUGUUUUCUUUUGUAAUUUCUCAAACACAACCCCAAUGUUAAUAGUUUUCUAAGGGCCUGAUUUAUACUGAUGUGCAUGGGUGUCUUGCUUGAUAGCAUCUAUGCGGCGAAUCUGAAAUCCACUCAACGAGACAAGUUUCAAUUACAUGUAUGAGCUUCUUAGGCCUACUGUUACACAAUUUGGAUUACAGAGAAACGUUACAUUUUCAGCCCMWAAUUGUCUUAUUUCAUGGACUUUUAUCAAAGCCUUUAUCGAAACCUACGAAGAGAGUUAUGUACAUUUCUUAAUGUUUUACUUUUCAUGAGGUAUAAGAGUUUUUGUCUGUAUGGGCCAUCAUGUCUAGGUCUCCGAUCUAACGGAAUAUUAAUGAAAACUUACCAUAUUAUCUUUAGAUAUCAGUUAUCGCUCUGUAUAUACUAUAUGUAUGUURACUUUUCACACGCUUCAAGUAAAAGUACAAUGCCGAACACAGGAGAUCUAGUCAUGGCCUGUUAUCAGUUCUUAAAAGUGUGUUAAAAAGCAAGAUGUUACUUAUAGAAAGAGUCCAACUUUGUUUUUAAUGAGGUCCUUGACUUGUGCAUGUUAUUAUUAAGGACGAGAUGUAUGUGUUGUAGAUAAGCAAGUGUUGUAAAUAGUUAUUUUCUAUUAAUUAAAAGAGCUCAGUCARUUUUAKAUACAGUAUAUAUACAGACUCGCAUAUUCUUCAUUUAGUUAAUUUAUGGCUAUACAAUGUAUCUGUCUUGUACAAAGGGUUUAACUGUUAAGAUGGGCAUCAUUUUCUAAAUAUCAAACCAGGUUWACACAACGCCAKCCCUGCUUGAAAUGAAAUAAAACACAUCAUUGGUGGUAAUUUUUACCUGCAUCUCAACMGUUAAACUCCUUGUAACAGACMACARUWGCCAUAAACAUCAUGGGAAUAUUUCUAAUGUUUGCCCUUUGAAUGUAACGAGAAAAGUGGAAUCAACCAUUUUUGAUCCGUGGAUGAAAUUUGUGUCUGAAUCAUCAAGAUGAUCCCACAUUGUUGUAGAUGUCAAUUGUUAUUACUGAUGAGUAUACUGUACAAGGCCCAUCAGCGUGUCAAGGACAAGUAUCUUGGGGGUAUUUUGCAGUGAUAUAGUGUAACAAGUCCUUUGCUGGCAUCUAUUCAUAGAGUGCUCUAUCUCUGUAAAGCAUAUCAACUCUCAUAGAGUUUCAUGGUAAUCUCCUCAAAUAUUAUCUCUCAAACAAUAUCUCCAUACAAGAAGGGAACAAAACAUCUUUGUGUUGACUUUCCACUUAUCUGAUAAGGUAUCUAGAGAAAAAACUACACAAGUCCCUGAUUUUAAACCACCAUCCCAUCCAUUUGAGUCUCAUCAAAUUAUUCCACUAUCAACACAUUUCAUCAGCUUCAUUUAGAAGUUAGAAACGAACUGUUGWSUCAAGUUCUACCACUUGAAUUCCCUAGUGUAGUGAAAUACACACAACAGUGUGCAUGCUAMCUAGUAGCUAGUUUCCUCCACUACACUGCUGUGCAAUGCAGUCCUCCGAAAGCUGUCAUCAMCAYGAMUAGGAGCAGGAGCUCCAGUCAGCCAGUCAGCGGCUUGAAGGCACGGACAGGUCCCCUGGCAGCAGGUGUAGCCAGUCUGGCGGUAAGCGGAGAUGGAUGGAUGGUUAAGCACCGAAUGCACCAUGCCGAGCUAUCCCACAAUGCCGUGCCUAGAUUCGGCACAUGACGACACAAAAGGAGAGUGAGAGGCGGGAAUGUUUAGAGAAUGUUGCAGAAGGAAAGWMUUUUCCAUGAUCGUGUACAGAAGUGUGUUCAGUAGUAGAGGAAAGAGGUGGAGCUUCUGUAUCUGUAGUCCCUUGUUACAUUGUAACGAGAGUGGAGUUACAUGUUAAUAGGAGUGUUAUAGCAGUUGUCAAAGCAAGUUGUUGCAGUAGCAACAAUCUAACGUUGUUAUGAUGCAUGAAACUCCAUCCACAGAGGCAUUCUUCCUGACAUGACAGAACAAAGCAACACUUUGUUUUGUUGAACGAUAAUUGCAUCAUUCUCACUCAUCUGACUGUCCUUAUUUUGUUUGUUGUUGACAACUCAUUCUGAUGUUCUCAAUGUCACGCCGGCUUUGUUCAAAUAAACAAGAUUAACGUAGUGACAGAUAACGGGAA